AUGCGAUCUACAGCCCAACCUACGCAUCCCUAUCCCUAUCCCUAUCCCCCCACGUUCGUAGCUCUUAUCGUGGAAAUCCGAUAUUCCGCCAGAUAUGUGCGACCCUGCGCUCUGGCUGGCACGCCCCUUUCUGACAUUUCUCCCCCUUGUCGAGAAACGAAACCCCUGACCUUUUUCACAGCUCGCAGAACACUCCAACCGCCCACACCACCCCGAAACCUCCCCCCGGCUGGGACACGCCAACGUCCCAUUCCACACGAUCAUGGAUUCUUCCCUCGACUCAUGCCUCUACUUCUUUUUUUUCGAGCGGAUUUUUCGACCCGCCCUCCCACCAUUCCUCCCCAGAACUCGACCAACUCGACCAAAAGCUCGUCUGCAUGUAUGUAUGGUGCCCCAAAUCCUGCGAAGAGCACCGAGCCCCUCUCAUCUGGCUUACCACCCACACGUCCAAAGUCAUCCUCAUCGUCGUCAUCACCCUCCCCGCAUCUCAACCCCAACCCAAUCCCACCCCUCACUCCACGGAAAAUCGGGAUCAAAUGA